AUGAUCACAAGACAGAGAGUCACCAAAGAUUUGAAUAUUUUCUCUUUUCCUCUUUCUCUCUUUUUUGAAAAGGAGGUGGAAGUGGAGUUGGAGACCAACCAAGGAGGUCCUGAAGUAGUCACUGGGACUAAUCCUGACAUGUCAACAUCUGAGACCCCUUUUUCUUUUAGAUCGUUUUUUGGUUUUGAUGAUUUAAAAAUGGGACCUGGUGAAAUUGGACCAGAUGCUGAUGCACUAGCUGCGCAGAUCCUUUCUUUACUUCCAUUAAAGUUUUUCCCAAUCAUCGUCAUUGGAAUUAUUGCCUUAAUCAUAGCAGUGGCCAUUGGUCUGGGCAUACACUUCAAUUGCUCUGGGAAAUACAGGUGCAGAUCAUCUUUUCAGUGUAUUGAACUGACAGCAAGGUGUGAUGGUGUAUUCAACUGUAAAGAUGGAGAAGAUGAAUACAGAUGUGUCCGUGUCAGUGGCCGUAAUGCUGUGCUGCAGGUGUUUGUUGAUGCUGCAUGGAGAACUAUGUGUUCAGAUGACUGGAAAGGUCAAUAUGGACUGAUAGCCUGUGAACAAUUAGGUUUUUCAAGCUAUAUAAGUUCACGUACCAUGAGGUUAGAGGCAGUUGAGGAGGAAUUUCAAGAGGAAUUUGUUUCCAUGAAUCACCUUAUACCAGAAAAUAAGGUGACCUCUUUACACCAAACAGUAUAUGUAAGGGAGAAUUGUGCAUCUGGACGUGUAGUUAUCUUAAAGUGUACAACCUGUGGUCUGAGGAUUGGCUAUUCCCCACGCAUAGUUGGUGGAAACAUGUCAUCCCUUAUGCAAUGGCCCUGGCAGGUUAGCCUUCAGUUCCAGGGAUAUCAUCUCUGUGGUGGCUCUCUCAUCACUCCUGUAUGGAUUGUUACUGCUGCCCACUGUGUUUAUGACCUGUAUAUGCCCAGUUCAUGGACCAUACAAGUGGGUUUGGUGACCUUAAUAGAUACUCCAGCUCCUUCUUAUUCAGUGGACAAAAUCAUAUACCACAGCAAAUAUAAGCCAAAAAGACUGGGGAAUGACAUUGCUCUAAUGAAAUUAGCUGUACCUCUCACUUUCAAUGAUAUGAUUCAACCAAUUUGUCUGCCUAAUUCUGAAGAGGAUUUCCCUGAUGGCAAAAUGUGCUGGACAUCAGGGUGGGGGGCCACAGAAGAGGGAGGAGAUGCCUCAGCAGUCUUGAACCAUGCUGCAGUUCCUUUAAUUUCAAACAAGAUUUGCAAUCAUAAAGAUGUGUAUGGUGGAAUCAUCGCUCCUUCAAUGGUCUGUGCAGGUUAUUUAGAGGGUGGUGUAGACAGUUGCCAGGGUGACAGUGGAGGACCUUUAGUCUGUGAACAGAGGAAGAUUUGGAAGUUGGUGGGGGCUACCAGCUUUGGAAUUGGCUGUGCUGAUGUAAAUAAACCAGGGGUCUACACUCGCAUCACUUCUUUCCUGGACUGGAUACACGAACAGAUGGAGCAAAUUUGUCCUGUCCUCCUGAAGACAGAUAUGUAA